AUGAAUCGGAUGAUUCACACCCAAUCGGAGCCACAAACCUCUUUUGGCGGGGUACGGAAAGUUUUUACUAGAAAAAAUGCGAAAAAUAAAAUUAAAAGGCCGGUGUGGCCUAGAAAACGCAACUUUCGCCUUGUUUGCAAACACUCAUACCGUAAUCCUCUAAAAAUUAUUGCGAAAUCAGAGCUUUUCGAGGUCUGGACUUUUGAUCUACUUGUGAUGAUCCGAUCGAACCCGAGCUUUACACGACGUGAAAAACUGAAUGUUCAACUGAUUUUCUCCAAAUUUUGACAGCAAACUUCUAGAAAAACGUUGUUUUGUUGAGGGUUUUCGGAAUCCUUCGACUAAAGAUUCAGCAUUCUAAAAAUGUGACACAGGGUCGUCUGAUUCUUUGAGAAUAGUUGACUAUCAGAAUGAUCUUUCAUUUUAACUUGUUUCGGGACAGCUGUAAGGUUUCUGUAACUCGUUUGCGUUUUCUCGAAAAUACGUUCACAUUUAUGUCUAAUUUGUCGAUAUAAGUAUGCUUGCAAAAGGGUCGAUUUAACUCGCUUCAAAAUGAAAGUUGUGUUGUCAGAUUGUAGAUCUCGAUGAGUUCUACAUGAGUGACAACAUGCGGGCCGCCGACUUUAGAGGUAUUGUGGAGCGGACCGACUAGACCCACUUUUUGCCACGUUUUGCCGGCCCGCGCUACAAUACCGGCUCUAAAGUCGGUCUGUAUGUUACUGCAUUUGUAGAACUCAUCUAGAUCUACAAUCUGAUAUGCCGUUCUACGCACAACUUUCAUUUUGAAACGAGUUAUCAGCCGGCCCGUUUGCAAGUAUGCAUAUAAGUUGAAAUUCAGUCUAGUCUAAGUUUGAAGUGAGUGUAACGUGUCACAAACGUGUGGCCGAAGUGUUGCGACGGCUGCAAUUUCUAGGCCACACGUCGCUUUCGCCGAAUGGAUCAAACAUCGGGGAACAAUUAUUUCACUGAUAAAUGCAUUCUGAAAAAGCGUUUUCAGACGUCAUCACAACACAUGCAGCAGCAGCAGUCCGGACAACAUCCGAGCCAAAACGGACACACUGCCCAAAUUCUGAAUCGCCUUUUUUCGUGUACGCGUUUUUACAGAAAAUUCGGACUUGAAAUCUCUGUUGAAAAUACGUUAUUUCUUGGAAAAAUUGAAACUUUCUGAAAUUUCGAAAAAUUACAGCAUAUCACCAGGACAACGGCUCAUUCGACUCGAAUUUGUUGCUAAAUGGAGGACAGCAAAAAGUCGGUUUCCACAAACUAUUUUUCAAAAAACAAAAUCAAUCGUUUUCCAUUGAAGGAUGUUAAAAACCCGAAAAAAAUGGCAAUUUUUUGCAGUUCGACUUCAAUUUGCCCAAUUUGCCGACGCAUCCGAACCACUUGAUGGCGAAUGGCUCACUGUUGGGCGGAAAUCAGCAGCCGGCGCCACGUGGCACCAACGGAACGACGAAGAAAAAGAAGGGGGCGGGGCCUGGCAGGAGGCCCGCUCUCGAUGCAAAUGUGAGCGAAAACAGAGAAUUUGAGGAAUUUUGCCAGAUGUGUUCUCAAUUUUGGACGCCGGGACCAAAACAAAAGAAGACAUCGAAAAUCUGUGAAUGUCAAUUGAUUUGGCAGAGUUAAAGUUGUGGCCGUGGCCUAGAAAACUCUUCCCUUACACCUUGACAAUCUGUUAACGUGUGUGUGUGUGUGUGUGUGUGAAUGCUUGGCAACGUUUCCGGAAAAGAUCCCGCGGCCUAGGAGUUUUCUAGGCCGGCUACUGCGCGUUGGAACUCUGGCUGUGAAUGCGGCAAUAAAAGGCUGUUCGUACAGAAUUUUUAGGCUCUUCCUUUGUUUAACAUCUCUUUUUAUGCGCUCUCGACUUCAUUUACACUGUAGCGCGCACAACAAGUCUGACCAAUUUUCAAUGUUUUUCUGGUCUUGCAGGGCCUGCCGAAAGACCGUCCGUUCGUGUGUCCACGUCAAGAUUGUCUGAAGCGAUUUUGUCGAAAUGAUCACCUACAAAGGCACAUGCGAAUUCACACGGGACAGCGACUUUUUCAGGUGAUUUUGCAGGCUUUUCGAAAAGAUAUUCAUACCCAACGAGUGCUGAAAGAAAUUUGAAAAAAACUUUGUGUUGCUUCACGUCCAGAAUCAACCAAAAUGUAUUGUAAAACAAUUUGUGAAACAGAAGUCAAUAUUUUUGCAGUGUCGAACGUGUCUGCGCUCGUUCUCGCGCUCCGAUCAUCUCGCAAAACACGAACGGACGCACUCAUCCGACAAACCGUACAGUUGUGUGUCGUGCGCACGUGGAUUUCACAAACAUGAGGAAAAGAAAAAGCACGAGGAGGUGAGACGCGUCUCGACGUCUGAAAUUUUGAUUAAUCGCUCCGUUUUUGUUCAUUCGUGAGGAGUACUUGCAAAAAAUCUCGAUUGAUUGUGCGUGCUUCUCGAUUUUUGAAUGAUUCUAUUCUUAAAUGGAUGAAUACAGUUUCUAAAUCUAAAGGGCAACGAAAAAUAGUAACUUUUUGCAGAAAUGUCAGCAGAAACAAGAGGAUCGGACGUCGGGCCGGCCACAAAUCAAUUUGAUGGGCGGACAGCCGCAACCGAUUUGGACCAAUCAGAAUCCGGUCAGUAUUCUCUGAGAUUUUCCGGAUUUUAAAGUGCGGAAAAUCGGACGAAUCGUGUUGAGAAACAAUAAUGAUUAUUGUGAUGAUGGUGGUGUCUGUGUGAGGUCUUGAUUGUUGUGUAAUUGUGAUAGUUUUAGGACCUGGGCCUUUGCCCUGAACUUUUGCCCCACUUGGAAUGAUCCGAUCGGGACCAGACGUUGCAGGCAUCUUGGACACGGAUUGAAGUAUACUGGGACCAAGUUUCAGACCGAUUGGAUCAUCCGGUCCCGAGAUAUGUCGACCUGAGUCCAACAUCGGGCCUCAUGCACUGUAUCUUGACGGUAAAUAAUCGGCACGGUCUGAAACUUGGUCCCAGUAUACUUCAAUCCAAGUCCAAGAAUUCAGAAAAGUUUGGCCCCGAUCGGAUCAUUAAAAGUGAGCCAAAAGUCCAGGUCCAGGUGCUUUUCUAUGCCCGACAUUCAUUUUGCCGCAAAACUGCCCAAUUCGGCCCGUAUGAAAAUUCCGAAUUUGCGGCGUCGAAGGGCUGCAGAGAGCCAAAUAUAUCUUCCGAAUAUACCCGUCCAUCAUCAUCAUUGCAAUAAUAUUAUCGUGUUCUCUCUGCAGAAUUCGUCCUCCGCCUCCGCCUCGGCCGCCGCCGCCGUCACAUUCGGCCACCAUUUGUACCGUCUUGUAGAUGAUCUUGGGCGGUUCAAUGCAGGCGUCGAACUUGAGCUCGAUGAUGAUUCCCUCGGUGGCUAG